UAUCCGUAGUAUAGCAUAGUAGAGAGGCAACGUUCCUGACGAAAAGGUGUGCUGGUACCUGGACUCUCUCGAGCUUUCCUUCCAAAGGAAAAUUUCGCAGCAAGUGGUAUUCGCGAUUGAACAUGCUAUCGAAGAUUGCGAUUUGUGCCGUGCUUGGCUGCCUGGCCGCAGGCGCAGUGUUCCUCUUUCUUCUGUUCCUGCUAGCGAUAUACUUGUACGCCCAGUACACGAUGGGAGUAUGCAGGAGUAAGACCAGACUGGACGGGAAGACUGUGAUAGUAACUGGAUGCACUUCCGGUAUCGGUAAAGAAACGGCGAGGGACCUCGCGAAGCGGGGCGCGAGGCUGAUCAUGGCUUGCAGGAACUUGGACGCAGCGAACAAGUUAAAAGAAGAAUUAAUAAAGGAAUCCGGCAACAGCAACAUUGUGGCCCGAAAACUUGACUUGUCAUCGCUUUCCUCGGUGAGGGACUUCGCGCAGCAAAUAAAUCGCGAAGAGACCAGAUUGGACGUGUUGAUUCACAACGCGGGAACGGCGGAGGUUUUUAGAAAAAAAGUCUCCGAGGACGGCUUGGAAAUGACCAUGGCCACGAAUCACUACGGUCCAUUUUUACUUACUCAUCUCUUAAUAGACUUGAUGAAACGAUCGAAGCCCAGCCGAAUAAUCGUCGUUACCUCGGAACUAUACGUCUUGUCGAGAUUAAAUUUGGACAACGUCAACCCUACCACUACCCUGCCAGCUUAUUUGUAUUAUGUCUCGAAAUAUGCGAACAUCGUCUUCACAUUGGAGUUAGCGCGUCGGCUGGAAGGAACCGGCGUUAGCGCCAACUGUCUCCAUCCAGGAUUGAUAAACACCGGAAUCUGGAAGAACGUCCCGCCUCCAGCUUCUUGGGUGUUGAACAUUAUCCUAAAUACUUUUUGCAAAAAUGCUGAGCAGGGCGCGCAGACCUCUUUACACCUCGCCGUUUCGGACGAACUCAACGGAGUCUCUGGCAAAUACUUUAUGGACUGCCGCGAGCGUGGACUUACUCGUGGCGUGCAAGAUCCGGCAAAAGGCAAGAAGUUCUGGGAACUUAGCGAGACCAUGGUGAAACUUCAGUCCACGGAUCCAAAAAUUUAAAAUUUUGAUUCACCUUUCCAUGUACUUGAAUAUAUUUAAAUAUAUUUAAUUUGUUAAAUUUUUAUAU